AUGUGCUCUAUGUCCGUCUCCUCGUUCGCAGCCAGUCGGAGCAGUAGCCAGAUACCUGCACCGUGUCAAACUUCACACCUCUCUGUUGCUCGACUGUGUGUGGACCAGACUACAGCCAUGAGCCCAGUCCUACAGCUGUCCGGCCUUUUCCCAGAGUCCACAGAGUCCACAGAGUCCACAGAGAGCGUGACAUUCAGGGAGACUGGGGUGACAAUCGUACCCACAGGUGCUGGAGGACACCUUCACACCGCCAGCAUGUAG